CGGCGGUAACCUGCGAGUUAGUCGGCAACCGUUGACCCGGGUGGAGGCGUGAUAUCCCUCUCGUGUAACGUGUAACACGCGUGUUCGGUAACAGUGUAACAACCUGCAACAGGACUCUUUUUUUUUGGUGAAAAAGUGUGUUGCGAAAACUUCGACAGUGAUUUAUUGUUCGGCAAGAUCUUAAGCAAGAGUUGUUGCUGAAAAUGCGACUGCUAGUGCUUUGCCUAGCGCUAGCAACGUCCGGCUAUGCGGAGAUAACGACGCACCUUGGACCGGACGGGUACGAAUACCCAAGGCCGAACAUCCCGUUCCCACCACCCGAGAAACCAUCACCCCCAGGAAGCACUCCACGACCAUGUCCUUUCGGUGGAGUUCCGCCGUACUGCUGUACCAACGGAGGCUCGGGGCCAAACUGUGCCCUGCCGUCUCCACCAACUCCGGGACCAACAACUCCGAGACCUUGUCCGUUUGGAGGAGUCCCUCCGUACUGUUGUACUAACGGAGGCUCGGGGCCAAACUGUGCUGUCCCGACUACCCCUGCAGGAUGUCCUUACGGGGGAGUUCCUCCGUACUGCUGUACGAACGGUGGACAAGGACCCAACUGUGUAGUGUCAAUUCCUUCUACACCUGCACCAACAACACCACGACCCUGUCCGUAUGGUGGAGUUCCGCCGUAUUGUUGUACUAACGGAGGACAAGGUCCAAACUGCGAGGUUCCUACCAGGCCAACUCCUGGACCGACUACUCCGGCAGGAUGUCCUAACGGAGGAGUACCACCCUAUUGCUGCACCAAUGGAGGUUCCGGUCCGAAUUGCAUCGUCCCCACUAGACCAACUCCAGGACCAACCACUCCCCGGCCCUGCCCGUUCGGUGGAAUCCCUCCGUACUGCUGUACCAAUGGUGGACAAGGACCAAAUUGCGUUGUAGCUACAACUCCAACUCCCACGACACCAAGACCCUGCCCGUACGGUGGAGUUCCUCCGUACUGUUGUACCAAUGGUGGACAAGGACCGAAUUGUGUUGUUCCGACUAGGCCUCCUCCAUCUACGCCAAGGCCUUGCCCGGCUGGCGGUGUUCCACCCUAUUGCUGCACUAAUGGAGGUCAAGGACCAAACUGCGUAGUUCCACCUCCUCCAGUCCCACCACCAACGCGACCUCCGCCACCACCUCCAUCCGGUAACGACAACGAAUACUUACCGCCAUGCACUAACGGCGGCCAAGGACCUGACUGUGUACUACCAAUCACACCACCACCCAAUCGACCACCAACUCGACCUCCAGCGUGUCCAUCAGGUGGAGUUCCUCCUUACUGCUGUACCAACGGCGGAUCCGGACCGAAUUGUGUAGUCCCAACGAGACCAACUCCAGGACCUACGACUCCAGCUGGAUGUCCAUAUGGAGGAGUGCCUCCAUAUUGUUGUACGAACGGAGGAACUGGACCGAAUUGCAUUGUUCCAACCAGACCAACUCCAGGACCGACGACCCCGGCGCCUUGCCCGUAUGGAGGCGUUCCUCCAUAUUGCUGUACCAACGGCGGAUCCGGACCGAACUGUGUUGUUCCAACGAGACCUACUCCGGGACCAACUACUCCAGCUGGAUGCCCUUACGGAGGAGUUCCUCCAUAUUGUUGUACAAACGGAGGAACUGGACCGAAUUGUAUUGUUCCGACAAGACCAACUCCAGGACCUACAACUCCCGCUCCUUGUCCAUUCGGAGGAGUCCCACCGUACUGUUGUACCAAUGGAGGAUCCGGACCAAACUGUGUAGUUCCAACGAGACCUACCCCUGGACCAACGACUCCUGCUGGAUGUCCCAACGGAGGAGUUCCUCCCUACUGCUGUACAAACGGAGGAUCAGGUCCUAACUGUAUCGUCCCUACUAGACCAACUCCCGGACCAACCACUCCUCGGCCAUGUCCCUUCGGAGGAGUUGCACCUUACUGUUGUACGAACGGAGGAUCAGGUCCAAAUUGCAUUGUGCCAUCUCGACCAACUCCUGGACCAACAACGCCAAGACCAACUCAAAACAACGAAUAUUUGCCACCUCCAACCAAACCAUCACAGGGUUGCCCCAAUGGAGGAGUUCCACCGUAUUGCUGUACCAAUGGAGGAUCCGGGCCAAACUGCGCAGUUCCAACGCAACCUCCACGACCAACUACUCCUUCCGGUUGUCCCAAUGGAGGAGUCCCGCCCUACUGCUGCACUAAUGGUGGACAAGGUCCCAAUUGCCAGGUUCCAACACAACCUCCAAGGCCAACCACUCCGCAGUGUCCGUACGGUGGAGUUCCACCCUAUUGCUGCACAAACGGAGGUCAAGGACCAAAUUGCAUUGUUCCGACGCAGCCACCACGACCAACCACACCUGCCGGAUGUCCGAAUGGAGGAGUCCCUCCGUACUGUUGUACUAACGGAGGUCAAGGUCCAAAUUGUAUAGUUCCAACACAACCACCUCGUCCUACCACGCCCUCGUGUCCUUAUGGAGGAGUUCCACCUUAUUGCUGCACGAAUGGAGGUCAAGGACCUAACUGUAUCGUUCCAACGCAACCGCCAAGACCAACCACUCCUGCCGGAUGUCCAAAUGGUGGAGUUCCUCCUUACUGCUGCACCAAUGGUGGACAAGGACCAAACUGCGUUGUUCCGACACAACCACCACGACCAACAACUCCAACCUGUCCCUACGGAGGUGUCCCUCCCUAUUGCUGUACUAACGGAGGUCAAGGUCCCAACUGCAUAGUCCCAACACAACCGCCACGACCGACGACCCCUGCUGGAUGUCCGAAUGGAGGAGUCCCGCCGUAUUGUUGUACUAACGGAGGUCAAGGUCCUAACUGCAUUGUACCGACACAGCCGCCAAGACCCACUACUCCACAGUGCCCGUAUGGUGGAGUGCCGCCAUAUUGCUGCACAAACGGAGGACAAGGACCCAACUGUAUUGUUCCAUCGAGACCAACCCAGCCACCAACGAAGCCAACUUCCGAAAACGAAUAUCUGCCACCGUGCACAAACGGUGGAUUCGGUCCCAACUGCGCACUGCCAACUCAACCUCCGGUAACUCGACCGCCACCAACUCAGCCUCCACGGCCAACAACGCCAUCCUGCCCAUACGGAGGAGUUCCACCAUACUGCUGUACCAACGGAGGUCAAGGUCCUAACUGCAUUGUUCCGACACAACCACCACGACCGACGACCCCUGCCGGAUGUCCGAAUGGUGGAGUUCCUCCCUACUGUUGUACCAACGGCGGACAGGGCCCGAAUUGUGCCGUUCCAAGCCGUCCUUCGACGUACCCGCCAGCUACCCGACCACCGCCAACGCAACCGCCAAGCUGCCCAGCCGGAGGUGUUCCGCCCUAUUGCUGCACCAAUGGUGGACAAGGACCCAACUGCGCUGUUCCAACGAGACCACCAACUUAUCCGCCAGCUACCCGACCUCCGCCAACCCAACCUCCAAGCUGCCCAUCCGGAGGAGUUCCGCCGUACUGCUGUACAAAUGGCGGCCAAGGGCCGAACUGCGCAGUUCCAACGCGUCCCCCAACCUAUCCCCCGGCAACUCGACCACCGCCAACACAACCGCCAAACUGUCCAGCCGGUGGAAUCCCACCGUACUGCUGCACCAACGGCGGCCAAGGCCCCAACUGCGCAGUUCCAACGCGACCCCCAACCUAUCCACCGGCAACGCGACCUCCACCAACGCAACAGCCGGGCUGCCCGGCCGGAGGAGUCCCACCGUACUGCUGUACUAACGGCGGAAGUGGGCCCAACUGCGAAAUCAAACCGUCCCACACCCUGGACCAGGACGGUUACCACUACCAGAGGCCGAGCAAGCCGUUCAACUUCUAGGUGCUAUUUAUUUCAUAACCAUUCCAACAUUUGUACAGAGUUGAGAACCCAUCCAGGAUGAACAAGAGUCAAGAAUCAAUAGCUGAGUGGAAGUGGGUGUGCCCAUUUCCUUCUAUUUUGUAAAAAGUGCAUGUAUUUAUGUUUUAUAACCACUAUUGUCUCGAUCAGAAAAUACUCGAUUGUGUGUGCUUCUUCUCUGCCCGCGGGACAGUGCGCUGCCCGAAGCACGUAAUCAAACAUCAAAAAUUUUAUCUAGUGUUAGAUGAAGCUAGCUUUAAGAAAGGCGAUUGAUUGCUGAAGAGCCAAAUAAACAACGUUAAAGAAAUGUGUA